AUGACGACUCUCACCAUCUAUUUUGCUUUCUCGGCCCCACCAUCUCAACCAUCGUCAUCAGCAAGGCCACUUCAAUCAUUUCGAACUAUUUCGAAUCCAAUCAAAACAAAACCGAGACCACUACCAUUAACAAACAUAGAAUUAGCCGAUACUUCAUCAACAAUGUCAACACCUCAAACACGACAACCAUCAUUCAAGAGAACGAAAACAUUUUUCGAAAGAUUUAAUCAUCCAUCGCCUACAGCGAUGUCACAACUACAAACUGAUCCAGCCCACCCAUUGAGCGAACCGCAUGCUCGUCUGCGAAGACGGUUUACAUUUCGUCGUAGUUUACGACACGCUCAUCAGAACAAAAGAGUAGAUAUUGAUGAUAACAUAAGGUUGGUUUGGCAGAUUUCUUCUUCUUAUUGCGAAUCUCGUUGA